CAAACCUUAAGAACAGGCUGUCUUUGUAAAGUAAAGUUCACCGUUAUGUUCUGUACCAAAGAUCAAACACAAUGACAAGACGACACCUGGAAGCAGCUCCGAAGGUCAGUUUGCAGCCAAUCAUCGAGCCAUGCUGCGGGUCUGAAGCGACACCGUGUUGACUUUACAGUUACAUUUACGCUCAGUUCAGAAUGAGCAUGAAGCCGCUUUGUGUGAAGCUGUCGGUCCAGCCGUCCAGAGGGCUUGUGGAUGAGAAGUUCACCGUCUUGGUACAGAACCUCCUCCCUGGGUUCCAGCUGACCGUCCACGCCCUCCACCAGUGUGAAGACGGACACAGCUGGGAGGCUUUUGCUCACUACACCACCGACGCCACCGGGACUGUGAACGUUUCACAGGAUCCCAGUCUGGACGGGACAUAUUCUGGGGUUGAACCGAUGGGUCUGCUGUGGAGCCUCAGACCAGUUCCAGGCAGCAAAUCAGGGCUCAGAAUGAGAAAGAUGAACGUCCAGACUCCCAUGGUGGUGACGAUCUCGGUGUACCAGGGUCACCAGAUGGAGGGCUUCUUGGAUCGAGUGUCGCUGGCCAGUGUGGUGGUAGAGCGAUGGUACAUGGCGCCUGGCGUUCGAAGAGUCCCGAUAACAGACGGCAAACUCACUGCGACCCUCUUCCUGCCCUCAGGAGCUGGUCCUUUCCCCGGACUCUUGGACCUUUGGGGGGGAGGAGGGAAGUUGGUGGAGUACCGGGCAGCGCUGCUGGCCUCCCACGGCAUCGCCUCGAUGGCCCUCGACUACCUCACACCUCAAAUCACUAAGGAAACUGGGAAAAUGGUGGACAAUGAUUACUUUGAGACGGCCUAUAGAGUUCUGAAGCAGCAUCCUCAGAUCCUCGGCAGCAGGAUCGCCAUGUUGGGUCUUUCCUUUGGCACCAGUGUCACUCUCAGAAUGGCUGUUUACUCCCAGGAUGUAAAGCUCAGCUGUGCAGUGUGUAUCAGUGGGAGUCAUGUGCAGCCGAUUGGUGGAAGUGUGGAACAAAUACUGGCUUACUUUAACGGAAACGCUGAUAAGACUCGCUUUGACGAGAAUAACCAAGUAAUCUGGAGAGAUUUGCCGCUGCCCAUCCCGACAGACCCCUCACUAAAAGUGGACAUGGGACGACUGCAGUGUCCUCUGCUGCUCGUUGUAGGUGAGGACGAUCAGAAAUGGCCCGCCCACGAGUGUGCAAUGGACAUGAAAGAGAUGAUGGAGCGGGCGGGGAACAGCCACCUUCUGACUGUCCUCUCCUAUAAGAAUGCCGGUCACCUGAUCGAACCUCCAUUCAUGCCGUUCGCCCGAGCCAGCACCUUCAAAACGGUCGCGAACCCACCAACCAAGGUGAUGGCUCUGUGGGGCGGAGAGCUGGUGGCACAUUCUCGCGCUCAGGAAGACGCCUGGAGGAAGAUGCUGGUCUUUCUGAGGGAGAAUCUGUACGGCGGCAUGAAACAUGGUGCUUCAUUCUCCAACUUGUAACCAAGACCAUCCAUCCAUCUUCUCCUACUCAUCGGUGGUCGGGUCGCGGAGGUAGCAGUUCCAGCAGAGAGCCCCAAACUUACAGAAAAACCAAACUCAUCUAUCUCAGUCACCGUGGUGGCCAGAGAAACAGACUCCAUGCCUGCAUUUGUUUUUCAUGCCAGAAAAGUGACCUUUAAUUGUAAUUACUAUACUUCAUAAUCAAGUUGAUUACAGCUUACUGGUUGAAUCAGUACAACGUAUUAAUCACUUGUGGUAAUAUUUAAGUUUAUUUAUAUAGCCAGUGGGUGAUUUUAGGGUGGAUUCCAUCACCCUUGUUCAAAUAGAGUCCAAAAUACAACCUCCAUUAUAGAGAGAGUAGGGGCAGAGGGGGACUCUAGUUUAAUAUAUGUUAAUCUACCUGACUCAUUAAUCCUCUCUGACAUUUUAAUUGACUGUUUUGCAUGAAUACGUCGUAAAAUCCAGAUAAUGAUUAGCCAUUGUUGGAAUUUCUGUAUUUUCGAGAAGUUAUUUUCUGUUUUGCCUCGUUCGGACCAAGAGUAAAAUAAAAAUAUUUUCUGUU